UUUUUUAGAACAUAAAUCAAGCACAAAGCCAAAGACGUGAAGUUUUGUAUUUUAAAGCAAAUACAGAUGCAGCAAAUUUUAUUUAUGACCCUAAGCUUUGCGCUUUGUGGGGCAUACUUUGCAGCCCCGCUUUACUCUCACACGAGGGAUACAAACAGCGGAAAUUACUUUGGUCAUAUUGGAAACAAGGGAACACAAAAUGGAGGACAAACCUACGGUGAUCCCGCGCCAUAUUUUCCGCUUCCUCUUCCAACCAGCUCGAACAGCGGAAAUUACUUUGGUCAUAUUGGAAACAAAGGAACACAAAAUGGAGGACAAACCUACGGUGAUCCCGCGCCAUAUUUUCCGCUUCCUUUUCCAAGCAGCUCGAACAGCGGAAAUUACUUUGGUCAUAUUGGAAACAAAGGAACACAAAAUGGAGGACAAACCUACGGUGAUCCCGCGCCAUAUUUUCCGCUUUCUUUUCCAAGCAGCUCGAACAGCGGAAAUUACUUUGGUCAUAUUGGAAACAAGGGAACACAAAAUGGAGGACAAACCUACGGUGGUCCCCCGCCAUAUUUUACGUAUCCUCUUCCAAGCAGCUGGAAGCGCGGGAAUACCUUUCAUCGUAUUGAUAACAGCGGAACUUAAAAUGGGGGACAAACCUACGGAGAUCUUAA